AUGGCUGUGAAAGACAGGAACUUGUCUGAGUUGAUAGACGCUGAAGUAUCAAAACUACCUUAUUUCCAGGCUGUCGUGAAAGAGGCUCUCAGGGUCCACCCACCGGGCCCAAUGUUAUCCUGGGCCAGGUGGUGCAGCUCGGAAGUCCAGCUCAGCAACAAAAUGGACAUCCCCGCGGACACCACUGCGAUGGUCAACAUGUGGGCCAUCACACAUGACCCGUAUGCAUGGGAAGACCCGCUCGAGUUCAAGCCAGAGAGCUUCAUAGAAGCUGAUGUGGAGGUUAGAGGUAGUGAUUUGGGAUGUACGGAUACAACUGCUCUGUUAACUGAGGGGGUCAUGGCCGAGCUCAGCAACGGAAUGGACAUCUCCGCGGACACCACUGCCAUGGUCACCAUGUGGGCCAUCACACAUAACCCGUAUGCGUGGGAAGACCCGCUCGAGUUCAAGCCAGAGAGCUUCAUAGAAGCUGAUGUAGAGGGCAGAGGUGGUGAUCUGAAUGUAAGGUGUUAA